AACAUUAGCUGCUCAUAACCUCGGAAAACAAUAACCCAAGGCAUUUAAUGCCAUUAAAAUGACAUGUUAAUGUAGGAACCUUGGGGGAAGAGAAGUACAAUGUAGUGUUGAAAACAGAGUACUGGAUAACGAAGGAUUUUUCACAGAUCAUAUUAUUUUCGAGGAGAUUUACCAAGUGGGUGUUGGACAGAAGGGUAGUUGAAGUUGUGCUGAAUCCAGUGAGCCUGGGAGCUGAGGAUUCGGUGGAGAAUUGAAGGAAUUGUGUGGGUAUUAAAGAAUUUUGAAAAAAUUGUUUUAGCUCAAGGUCUGCCUAAUAUCAGGCCUAAAAUGGUUGUGAGGAUGAUAAAGUGGCGGCCCUGGCCGCCUCUGUGCUCAAAAAAAUUUAAGGUGAAAUUGGUGCUGCAUUGCUUGGAGGGGCUUGUGAUUGAGGGUGAUUCUGACGGUUCAAAACUUGGAGUGAAUGUGAAGUGGAAGGGGUCUAAGGGUAAUAAGCUAGGGUCUCGUUUUAGGAGGAAUGUUAAGAGGAAUUGUACUGGCUUGCAGUGUCUUGGGAGUGAUGGGGUUGUGCAAUGGAAUGAGGAGUUUGAGAAUGCGUGUGUUCUUACUAUGGGGAGGGAAGAGGGUGCUGGGUUUCAGCCUUGGGAAGUUUGCCUUGAGCUUGUUCAUAAUUCAAUUCAAGAACCAAAGAUGAGGCCUUCCAUCAUAGGCACAUCUUUACUGAACCUUGGAGAAUUUGCUUCGUCAGCAGAAGAUGCAAAACAAAGCACCAAAAUAGCUGUUUCUUAUUGCAUUGGAGGAGUGGCAUCAGAAGCUGUGUUUUCUAUUACCAUUGAGUUUAUGGAGCUUCAAACAUCUCAAGAAGCAUUGGAUCCUGUUCCGAGGCUUGUAGUUCCAUCACUGCCUUUCAUUGGGGUAAGUUUGCUAUCAGAUAAAGAAGAUUUCUCUGCAUUUAAAGCAGGUCUAAGGAAGGUGAAGAUUUUGAGGGAAUAUGUUGUAGUGGGGAGAUCAAAGAAGGCUUCUGAAGAAGAGGAAGGCAGUGAUGAGAAAUUGUCUCCAAGAAGUGAAGAACACGAGUCUACUGACAUGCUCGAUUCAGAUUCUGUUGAUGACUGUGGGAAGGAUGAAGCUGAAGGUACAGAUGGGUCCGGAUUUAGGAAGUCCUUCAGUUACGGAAAUCUGGCUACAGCCAACCUUGUAGUUGAAGGUGUUCUCUAUCUGAAUUCAAGAGAAGAUGAAGGUGGAGAUAAUUGGAUAAUGAAUAGUUUACCAAGUAUGGAGCCAAAUCCUAAGCUGCUUGAGGAGCCAUCUUCUUCAGAUUCUGAUCACGCUGUUCCACAAACAUCCAUGCUGAGCCGACUUACAUGGAAAAGGAGGAAAGUUAGUUUCAGAACACUGAAAGUUAAGGGAGAGCCUUUAUUGAAUAAGGCAUAUGGAGAAGAAGGUGGAGAUGAUAUUGAUUUUGAUCGUCGACAAUCAGGCUUUCCUGUUCAACCAAUGACUCUGCUGCAUGAUAAAGAUGAUAUUGGAGUUGCAUCGCACAAAACUGACUGUUCAGACUUUGGAGCUGAUAAUUUUACAAUUGGCAGCUGGGAACAAAAAGAAUUGCAAAGCAGAGAUGGAGAAAUGAGUCUAUCUACUAAGGUAUUUUUUGCUUCAAUUGACCAACGGAGUGAACGUGCUGCAGGGGAAAGUGCGUGUACUGCUUUGGUAGUUGUUAUUGCGGAUUGGUUACAAAAAAAUCCGACCUCCAUGCCAAUAAAGUCACAAUUCGAUACAUUGAUACAAGAGGGAUCUCUAGAGUGGAGAAAACUAUGUGAAGUUGAGGCCCAUAGAGAGAGGUUUUCUGAUCGGCAUUUUGAUUUGGAAACAAUAUUACAGGCAAAGAUACGUUCUUUAUCUGUCAUUCCUCAAAAGUCAUUUAUUGGUUUCUUUCACGCUGAAGGCUUGGGAGAUUCAUGUGAAUUUCUCCAGGGAGCAAUGUCAUUUGACAAUAUCUGGGAAGAAAUAACAAAUGGUAGUAGUAAGGACAGUAAGAAUAGUGAACCACAGAUUUACAUUGUUAGCUGGAAUGAUCACUUUUUUGUCCUGAAGGUGGCAAAGGAAGCAUAUUAUAUAAUUGAUACUCUUGGAGAAAGAUUGUUUGAGGGAUGUAAUCAGGCAUAUAUAUUGAAAUUUGAUGAUGACACAGAAAUGUACCAGUUGCCACCUAGAGAACAGAAACUGAAAGAAGACAAGAACAGCAUGAAUUUGCCGCCUGUUACAUUGGAGAGCAUGAAAUAUUUGACAUCAGAGAGAGCCAGUGAUCUGGAACAGGAAGAUGCAGAGUCUCAAGUGAAAGACACAACUCCACCUGAGAAUCAGGGGAAUGGAGAUAAUGGAAAAAAACUUAUUUGUAGAGGGAAGGAAUGUUGCAAAGAGUUUAUCAAAGGAUUUUUGGCAGCUAUCCCUUUGAAGGAGUUACAGGUAGAUAUUAAAAAGGGUUUGUUGGGGAAGACCAUAUUGCAUCGCCGGCUGCAAGUUGAGUUACAUUUCACAGAUGACUCUUAUGUGCCCUUGAUUGUGCAGUAAAGGAAUGUGGCAGUUGUUACUGUAUUUAAGAGUUUGAGCUCUUAUGCCUAAUUAUGAAAUUUGAUUGGUAUAUAUUGUGUGCAAUGCACAAUGCAAUUUUACUGACUUAAUUCUUUCACUAGCGGUUGUGAUUUCAAUUCUUUGUUAACAACACUUAACAACAAAAAAACCAGUUUUUAGUUGACCUUUGUAUGUCAUAUAGUUUGACACAGGGAUAGCAAUAUUCUUUUCAGCAUGUCUUGGAACAGUGCUGCAUGGGCUUGGAUACCAUAUAUUGGUUUAUGGUAGCCCUAAAGAGGUCUUGUGCAUCAUCAAGUAGACCAAGGCUCACCCACAAAGGUGUGAAUGGAUUUCCAUGAGAUAGCUUUAGGUUAAUUUAUUGUAAACUAUUGAGCUUCCACAUGUUUUAAGUUUGUGGAUUUCGUUGUAAUAUUUAUACUGGAUGUAGACAUCCUGGACUGCCUCGAGGGCACUUGUAUGAAGUUGGAAGCAACAUUGCAGUCCUGUUGUAAGACAUUUUUUUUUGUUAUCUAUUUGUCCAUUUUUC